AUGGUGUGCACUCUUAAUGCCGUCACCUACGUCACGUCGUGUGUCUCCACGGAGCGUGCCGGCGUCACGACCAUGAAGAUGAGCAUGGACGCGCUCUCAGACUCGCUGUUCCGCCGCCAGGGCUCGCCCCGGGAUCGCGCCACGCUCAUGGAUCUCGUCGCAACAAUUUCCGAAUCCACCAAAUUGGAUUCCACGCUCAAAGGGAUGGGCUUCGAGCAAAGCCCGCACGAGGCGGCCAUCUACCGGCGGGGCAAUGGAGAAAAUGCCCUACUGGUGGGUGUCUACGUCGACGACUUGGUGAUCAUCGGCACCAAGGAUGCGGAGGUGGCAGCGUUCAAGGAAGAAAUGAAGGCCACCUUCCAGAUGAGUGACCUGGGGCCUCUCUCCUUCUACCUGGGGAUCAAGGUGCACCAGGAUGAUUCCGGGAUCAUGCUUCGACAGACCGCCUACGCCAAGCGCGUCGUGGAGCUAGCCGGGCUCACCGACUGCAACCCAGCUCUCACUCCGAUGGAAGAGAGGCUGAAGCUGAACCGCGACAGCACGACGGAGGAGGUAGAUGCUACGCAGUACCGGUGUCUUGUGGGGAGCCUUCGCUACCUCGCCCACACACGACCGUUCUUGGCAUUCUCCGUCGGCUACGUCAGUCGGUUCAUGCAACGACCGACGAUGGAGCACCAGCAGGUCAUGAAGAGGAUCGUCCGCUACGUGGCGGCGAUCCUCGACCACGGUCUCUUCUACCCGAGGUGUCCCGGGGCGGCACACUUCGUCGGGUACAGCGACAGCGAUCACGCCGGCGACAUCGACACCAAGGCGCAGGAGGUAUCAUGGAUAGGCAUCGCACGACAUUUCAGCCUCAUCCGCAACCUUCGCAGGGAGAACUCAAAAUGA